GGAGCAGCAGCAUCAUCACCACCAGCAGCUACAAACAACGAUGAGUCUACUGCAUGGCCAGCAGCCGCAUCGGCGUCCGCCAACCCUGAUGGAGUCACUAUCUGGGAUGCAGCAACAGCCACGCACACCGAGAACAAGCGACGCGUUGUCUUUCCAACAGCAAGGGCAAGACCAACCGCAGCAGCAAAGGCACAAUCAACAGCAACAUCAUCAACAGCAGCGAUCGUCGCCGACGCCGACGAACUCAUUCCAAGGCCAGCAACAACAGCAGCACACUCCGGCGACGGAAACAAAUCUUGCUCAUCGCGAACAGAAGCGGCAGCGUACGAUAACGCCAACUAACACGUUGUUGGGGGAUGAGCAGCAACCACAGUUUGCAAUGCCAUCAGAGAUCUCACCCUUUGAUCAACAACGACCGCCGGUGUUGUAUCCCUUCUCGGGUGGUCAACAGCAGCAGCAGCCUGCACCCCCGGCAAAAUCCUCAUUUGCAACAGCGAGCCGCAACGCCAACGAAUCUUGUAGGUGAAAACAAGCCGGCGCAAGUUGAGACGCCACCCAAUACCUCAUUUAUGCAGCAGCAAGGCACGCCGACGGCUCCUUCGCACGGUCAACAUCAACAGCAGCAACUUUCAACGCCGGCGGAUUCCCAGGGCCCGCAACAGCCGCAAUUCCUGAUACCUGGAGUGCAAUCACAGCAUGGUCCGCUCACCCCAAUAAAAUCUGAAAUUGGCCAAUACCCGCGGUUCGUGAUACCCACAAAUUACUCGCAUAGUCAGUCUUCAACAACAUCCACCUCUCAGAGUGUGUUACAUUCACGGUUCGUGAUACACGCAAAUCCGUCGCCCGAUCAACAGCAACCACCGACGCCUACGAACUCCCAGCACCCGAAGUUCGCGAUCCCGGCACAAUCUCCAUCUGCACAGCACCCAUCAACAACACCGACGAACUCUGCACGGCCGCAGUUCAUCAUACCGUCGAAUCCGCCGAUCGAACAGCAUGCCCAGCCACCAUCACCAGCGGUCUCUACGCGUGGGCAACAUCCUGUGUUCCGCAUACCAUCGAAUUCAGCCCCUGACCAGCAAAAUCAGCAGCUUCCAACAGCGCUCACGACCACCCCACCGCGCCCUCGCCGGCGACCCAUCGUACCAAAGCACCCCGUACACGCACAAGCGAAACGGAAACCGAUCCCACUCAGCGAACUAGUUGGCAAACGCCCCAUUCCCGUCCUGGCGAAACUCUCGCGGCUGCAGCGCGCGUUUGUCUUUGGACCGGGCGGGUGUGGGCAUGUGCCACCUGUGCCUGGAGACAUGGGCGUAAAAAGGAUGAUGGCGGUGCAGUUGCCGAUUGUGAGGAGGGGGGAAUUGGUAGAUCUUUGGGGGCCGAGUGGAUGUGGGAAGACGGAGAUGAUUAUGCAAAUGAUCACAAUGACCAUCCUACCCGAAUCCUUCACCCUCCUCCCGUCAACCUCCGGCGGCGACAGCACCCCCCUCCACCUUCACGGCAGCGCCACCCCCGUCCUCCUCCUUGACUGCGACCUCAAAUUCUCCCUAACAAAACUCCGCAACACCAUGCUGGCCCACAUCACCCACUGCCUCACCACCCUCACACCCGCACUCACAUCCCUCCCAGCCUCCACCACCGACAUCAUCAUCACCUCCGCCCUGCACCGCCUCCACAUCAUGCGACCAACCACCAACCUCCAGUUCCUCGCCGCCCUCAUCGCCGCCCGCCGCUCCUUCGUCCGCGCCUGCGGGACACCCGGGCCGUUGAUCAUAAUCGACGGACUUACGUCUUACUACUGGAUCAACCGGCUGGACGAUAUGGGCGAAUUGAAAGCGGAGGUUACGGGUAUACCCAUGGAAGAUGAAGCCGAGGGCCACCUCCGACCCGCGAAAUCGUUCAUGAAGAGUUCCAUUCAUUGGGCGGUGAUCAGGGCUGUUAGGCGGUUGAGGGAUUUGGAGCAUUGUGGGGUCGUUGUUAGUAGGGGGGUGUUGUGGCCCGCGGGGAGGAAGGCUGGGGGAAGGUGGGGGAGUAAUGGUAGCAACAAUCAGAAGUGGAAUGGGAAUGCGCCGAGGAAGGGUGGGAAUGCGUGGACGCCGAAAUAUGCGGAUGGGCCGUGGAAGGCGGUUGUGAAUCGGUUUAUUGUGUUGAGGAGGAAGAGGGCGUCGGGGGAGGUGGUUUGGUAUGAGCGCGAGUGAUAGGCGCGGAGAUCUACCUACCUUGGCACACACCGAGUGCUUUUCAGCACCAUUAGUCUAUAUAUACAUACCAUCAGCCGUAUCCCAGCCAUAGCCCAACACCAUCACUCAUCAGCUUCCCAAGUCAUAUCAUCCGAACACAUAGAAUGGGCGUGCAUAGAGCGUACGAUCGUGUUAAUUUAGGGGAUCGAUCUGUAACUGUAUGCGGUCGACU